AUGGACAUUGCACAAGGUUCAUUGUUAUUUGCAAAAGGCUUCCUUCUUAUUUCCGCCGUGUUGAUUACUUUCUCCGAAGGACGUAAACUGCUGACGAUAAAUAGAGAGACAAGGGGUAUUUUAAUCUAUCUAUCUAUCUAUCUAUCUAUCUAUCUAUCUAUCUAUGUCAUUAUUUAUUUAAUCUCGCCGCUUCUUUAUUUUCUUACCAAUCCAUCUGUUUAUAUCUCUUUCUGUUUAAUUAUUUGCCUGCCAAUCUAUCUAUCUAUCUAUCUAUCUAUCUAUCUAUCUAUCUAUCUAUCUAUCUAUCUAUCUAUUUGUAUUUCUUUCUUUUGUGAUUAUUUUAUUCUUUCUUUGGUUGUCAUUUUUCUUGCAAUAUUAUUUUUUUUUUUAAUUUAUAUAUCUUUGAUUCCAUCCCCACAUUGCUAUUUCUUCGUUCAUUUCUUAUUAUCUUUCUGUCUUUGCUUUUGCUUGGCUUUCAUUCAUUUUUACAUACUGUUGGCGUAUCUAUAUCGGUUACACAAUCGUUUAUCGUAUUUCGGUUAUCUCCCUUGUUCUAUCCUUCGUUGUACUUUCUUACUUAUGUUUCCUUCAUUUUGCGUGUUACUUCCUUCGCAUUCUGUCUCUCAUUUUCCCUUUUAUUCUUUUUUUUCAUUUCUCUCUUUUACUUUCUUUAUUUCAUUCUUUUACUUUCGUUAG